UCUCACCCAGGUACACAAUUCAAACUCUAUACCGAGUACUUGUACUGAACUUUAUUAUCUUUUCAAUUUCGCUGGAUCAGCUCGCUUUCCUCACUACUGAUAAGGUCCCCGCGAAACGGGCCUUCUAGCCACCCAUUAGUGGGCAAACCAGGCGUCCUGUGCAUGAGCUUCACCUCGCUGGAGUAAGCCCUAGGUACUCUUUCUGUAAAGGACCAUCGUAGGAAAUCAUAUAACUACCCCUCCACCACUUGGUUUUCCCUCGACUUUCCACGUUCUUCCUCACGAUCGCCAGCAUGGUCCUUCACCUUUUACUGGCGCCCCUCGCUUUGUUCACGGUCUAUCGACUUUGCAAGCUGAGCAAGAAUUAUGCUGCUGCGCGGAAAUAUCGCCUUCCAAUAAUCAUUCUGCCCUGCUCCUUCGAGGACGCUUGGUGGAUUCUCUUGCGGCCGUACUUUGCUUGGGUUCAAGGCUUACCCUGGGGUUUUGGGGAUUGGUAUGUGUACACGGAGAUGGGUUGGCCACAAGUGGAUACAAACAAGACCUCGCUUCGACUGGGGGAUAAUUUCGUACUCUGCGCCCCGACUGCCAAUCAAAUCGUCACUUCCUAUCGGCCUGCAAUCGAUACUGUUUUCCGAGAUCACAAGAAUUGGCCUCAGACAGACUCCCAGACGCAGAUGUUCAUGGUCUAUGGGCAGAAUGUCGCAUCAACAAACGGCGUAGAUUGGCAGCGACAUCGCAAGAUAACGUCCACCGCAUUCAAUGAGAACACCAUGGUUCAAGUGUGGGAGGAAGCGAUCAAACGCACUGCGGAGCUGGAUCUAAGUGUCGAGAGUGAGCGCUCGCUUGGGAGACUUCGCUCCUCCAUAGAAGUGCUUGCGAUGCGGGUGCUGGCUCAGGUGGCUUUCGGUGAGAAAAGAGCACUGAACUCGAUUCCCCCGGGCCAUCGUCAGUCGCUGAUGCAAUGUCUCGGUUUCAUUCAAAAGCACAUCGUGCUCACCAUUCUCUUCAGUGGCCUUAAGGCUCCCGACUUCCUCCUCCCGAAAAAAUUACGGAAGCUCAAGGUUUCUGUUGCUGAAUUUCGUCAAUACAUGGAAGAAUCCCUAAAGCGUCAUUUGGAAACCACAAGCAAAGGUUCCACGACCACGAAGUCAAAGAGUCUACUCGAAUCCAUGGUACGAGCAAAUGAAGCAGAGAAGCAGUUGGUAGAAGGGGGGCCAGGAAGGGUAUCAUAUCUGAGCGACUCCGAUCUGUAUGGUAAUCUUUUCGUUUUCAACCUCGCAGGCUACGAGACAACUGCUUCGACCCUCACAUUUGCCUUACCGUUUCUCGCCACGAAUCCUAACGUGCAAGAAUGGGUGUAUGAGGAGCUCAAAACGCACUAUAUCAAUUCGUCUAGCCGUGAAUAUGCAACCGUAUAUUCCAAGCUUGUUCGAUGCCUGUCGGUCAUGUACGAAGCCUUGCGUCUGGCAAGUCCCGCGCCACUUCUUGUUCGAUCCCCACGCAGCCCAAUGGAAUUGCCCAUAAUUACGAAAACAGGUCCAGGCUCCAUAACUGUCAACCCUGGAACCUUGGUUGGCGGCCAUUUCUACGCCGGGCAUCUGUCGCCUGACUGGGGCAGCGAUGCGGAGUCCUUCAAUCCCAGACGCUUCAUCCUCAAGUCCGAGUCAGGCGAGGAGAGCUUGGCCGUUCCCGAAGGCAGAUUAUUCGCACCCUGGAUUUUCGGUCAACGUGUGUGCCCGGGGAAGAAGUUCAGUCAGGUGGAGUUCACAGCCAUUGUAGCCCAGAUCUUUGCGAAUUACCGGGUCAAAGUGAUACAAAACACCAAUGAAAGCGCGGAGGAGGCAAACCAGCGUAUGAUGGGUAUUCUCAGUGACAAAUACUUCAAUAUUAGUACGCAUCUCAAGCAGCCCGAGGCUGGCGCGCUUCGAUUCGAGAGGCGCGAUGAAAAAUCUUAAACGAAUAAAUGAAUAAACGAAUGACGAGCACAUGCAUUGCGUGUCAAAGCAGUCCAACAUUGAUGGUCUAUUGGUAGAAAAAAGAAUAAUAAAACAUCAUAUCUUACAAAUCGAAAUUCAUUGCA